ACAAGAUGGCAGAGAAGGGUAGCGCCGGCCUCGUGCCGGUCAUCGUGUUCGGUAAUAUCGUAAUUCUGCUCUGCGGCUUGGCCUUGUUUGCGGAGACCAUUUGGGCCACCACCGAUCCGUACUAUGUUUACCCAGUUUUAGGGGCAACUGGAAAGGAUGACGUAUUCGCUGGCGGCUGGAUCGGGAUAUUCUGCGGCUUCUCCUUCUUCCUCCUGGGAGUGUAUGGCGUUAUCGCUUCGGUGAAGUCCAGCCGGACCAUGUUCAUGGUGUACCUGGUGCUGAUGAUGGUCGUCUAUAUCUUUGAGUGCGCCUCCUGCAUCACGUCCUUCACCCAUCGGGAUUACAUGAUAAACUCCAAUAUCGUGAAGUGGCAGAUGCUGAGCCGAUUCAUGGACAACUCCUCCUCCCGGAGCAUCGAAGUCACCAACUUCUGGAAGAGGAUCAUGUUGGACAAGCAGUGCUGCGGGGUGGACGGGCCCCAGGAUUGGGUGGACUACGACUCCACCUUCCGCCAUUCGUAUGCAGAAUACGAAGCACCGUGGCCGUUCUGGUGCUGCACGAGGGACAACAAUUUCCAGAUCCUGAACAAGCAGGCCUGUCAAGUGGGACUGUCCCCGUACCUGUUCACCACGGGUUGCUUCGAGCACAUUGGACACGCCAUAAACAGCUACACCUGGGGGAUCUCCUGGUUCGGAUUCGCAAUUCUUAUGUGGACGAUGCUGGUCAUGAUGGCGACGAUGUAUCACUACUUCACCAUGUGAGGUGCUGGAUCCAUACGCCGCAUUGAUUUGGAGUCGUGAAGUCUCCGCCAGAUACGUGAAUCGCAGCUCGUAACCGAUUCCUCCAUCGCUCAGUGGGUGAUUCCGUAUUGAAGUAUUAUCGCCUGCUGGAUAUGUACAGACAUUGUUCCAAGGCGCUGGUGGCCGCCAUUUUAUAAGUGCCGCCUAAUUUGCCUAUUUUUUUUAUCAUUUUCUAUGUAAAUUGAUCAUGUGAUGCGCCCUAUACUGCCCCUUGUACAGGUGACCCAGGGGGGCGGCCGGCAGGAUGGCGCCUCCUGUAGGGUUUUUGUUACAUUUUUGUGUUUGUG